AUGGGGGACGAAUAUCGAUUCGGCUUGGGAGCAAGAUUGGACAUUGAGAAGGAUGUGCUGACAAGGGCCGUUUUCGCAAAACCACAGGUCGUCAUUGUCCAGCCUAACGAUACUGGCUCCAAGGCGCACCCCUUCCCCUACGCCAUCGUCGCCGGUAUCGAGCGCUACCCUCUCAAGGUCACCCGCCGCAUGGGAAAGAAGACGGUCGAGAAGCGCAGCCGCAUCAAGCCUUUCAUCAAGGUCGUCAACUACAACCACUUGAUGCCCACCCGUUACACUCUUGAGCUUGAGGGUCUCAAGGGUGCCGUCAGCCAGGAGACCUUCAAGGAAGUCUCCACACGCGAGGACGCCAAGAAGACCGUCAAGAAGGCCCUCGAGGACAGAUACACCAGCGGCAAGAACAGAUGGUUCUUCACUCCUCUGCACUCUAUGCCUCACGCAGAGAACGGAACAAUGGGUGAGCCUUCUAUCAACGGCGAGAAGGUCCAUUCCCACUUCCUCGACCACCUUACCUCGUACCCUGUCGUUUCAGACUCGAUCACCGUCUUCAAGAGCAACAAAUAUGGUGCCAAGUCCUUGGAGUAUGCCGAUCAAGGCUACGUCCGCAUUGCCAAACCGUUACUUCCCUACCUGUCGAAGCCCUACGGUUACGUUGCGCCGUAUGUUGCUCGAGUAGAUAGCCUUGGAGAUCAGGGAUUGACCAAGCUUGACACGUCAUUCCCCAUCAUCAAGGAGGAUACAGAUAAGAUAAAAGGAACGAUCUACGAUACAGCCUUCUUCCCCAUGCGUCUCGCUGGUGAUGUGAAAAGCCAUAUCUUCGAGACUUUUGGAUCGGAAUACAAGAAGUGCGGCGGCGACGGAAUGGUUGCAAGCGGCAAGGCUGCCAUCAGCACGAGCCUGAUCCUGUCUCAAGAAUCGUUGGCAUAUAUCAGCUCGUUCCUUCAAAAGAAGAAAGCUCAGGCGAAGGAGGCCGUCAAUGACAAACCCAAUUAA